AUGAGAGCAGCAUUCUUUUUUCAAAGGUGCGCCAUUCAGAUAAAAAAUCACAAGUUAUGGAAAUUUUCGUAAUGGUGCAGUCUGGACAAUCGAUCUAGCUGUGUCUUGGAAGUUGUCCAGUUAUUUACGGCGGCCAGUACGAAACUACAGCAGGUGCAGCACAGUUGUAGCAGGGACAUACAGAAUAGUAGCUACAUUGGGUUUUGGUGUGAUUGGAGUAGUGGUAAUGGUGCAGUGAUGAUGAUUGGUGGAGGAGGAAGUGGUUGUGACAGAGCAGACCAUGGUAUUGGAGUAACCGAGGAAAAUGAAGCAAAGUUUGGUUCUGGACAGGGUUAUGAUUUUGGUUCUGAUGCAAAUAAAAAUGUCGCUACAACAUACUCACUAAAUUUGUGGAUUCGCUAA